AUGGCGACCUCCCAGCCGGCCGUGCCUCCUGGCAGGCAGUCUCGUGGCUUCAGUUUGGGUGCAAAGUCGGAUCGGUCGCAACGGUCCAGCAAUUCCAGCAAAAGGCCCCAGAUAUCGGAAUCCUCAGACGAGAAACAUCGCCGCCAACUACAUUCCAAAGCCGAUCCCAUGGUUGCUAUGAGUGAAGCGCAACCUAAUUUGGUUGCUCUCGAGCAGUCGACGCUGGGUUCGUUACGGACCAUGCAGCAUAAAGAUCAGUAUGGAAAUAUUAUCACUGAUCCCGAUCUCUCUAACCCCACGCGCCCGCGGUUUGAACGUCCGCUUGAAACCAUCCGAUCUUUCGAGGCGGCAAUUUAUGGGACAUACAGCAGUAGGCCUGCUUCGUAUGUAAGGACAGAAUCGACUCCUGCAACUCCGGGGCCAGACCACAGUCGGCGGGGAAGCUACUUUGGAGCGCAAAACGGCCAUUCGCACCGGGGCCACUAUGAUCAGGGCGGCCAUUACAAUGGUCGCGGAGCCUAUUCGCGACCGGACAGCUAUGUCGAGAAUGGUAAUGGCCAGUCUGACAACUAUUACCCCUACAACCAGGGCGGCGGCCGACCGCGACCACGCCACCAUGCACGGAUGAACACCGACCAAAGUGGAUAUUCACAACACGGCUAUCACAAAUCAUAUGACAACAUGACCGCAGCGUCUGGCUCGGGCUCUGGCAGCAACACCGACGCUUACGGCAACUCCACCGACCCCAGCUCUGUGAACAGCUCCAUUGAUCAGUUCCAGCAGCAGCAACAACAGCAGCAGCAGAUGGCCGAAAACUAUGGGUUCCAAGGAUUUGGUGCCGGGCCUAAUCUGAACGGACAAGCUGGCGCUGGGGGACGGAUCAACUUUGGCAGCAAACCGCCGACGGCUGACCCCAACGCCGGUGGCCCUGUUGGCGGCGGUGCCGCCGUCGCUGCCACAGCCAACCGGCGCCAUCUCCGCAAGGCUACGAAUGACUCUGAAAUGAGCAACGACUCGAAGAAAAAGGGCUGGUUCAAGCGUCGUUUCAGCAAGAACUAG